AACUAUCUCAUGUAUAUGAGAUCAUACUAAUACUAUUAGUCUAUUACAAGCUUUUACUAGCUUUUCGUCUCUCUCUCUCUCUCUCCACCAAAUCCAAAAGCAGAACCCUAACUGUUCCUCCGUCAUACUAUAUACACACCACCACGAAACCACCAUUAAUCAUUUCUUCUUUUACACACAACACCUUUUCCUAGCGUAAAUCACUAUUUCUAAUCAUCAUGGAACAGAUGUGCGGUUUUCAUUCCAUCUCAGACUACUCCGUUUCACCGGAAACAAACCUCAUGUCUCCGCCGGUCUACACCGCCGAUCUCUACACCUCCGCCGCCGAUCAUUACCGGACGUUUUACGGCUCCGAUCACCUACUAUCCGCCGCUGCUUCCGUCAUCACCGAUGCUGUUUCCGUCGCGGCCACAGCUGAUGAACAAAUUCGGUUACAUCGAAGCAAUCGACAGUUACGUGAUCCGAAUACAAACGAUAACGUUGAUGAUGAUAUUAUUAAAGCGAAAAUCGUUUCUCAUCCGUUGUAUCCGCAGUUGCUUGAUGCGUCUAUCGAUUGUCGUAAGUUAGGUGCGCCACCGGAGAUAGCGUGUUUGUUAGAAGAAAUCCGUCGAGAAAAUGGCGUGAGUAUGCGGAACGGUGUCGUUUCCAGUUGCUUAGGGGAAGAUCCUGAGCUCGAUGAGUUUAUGGAGACGUACAGUCAAGUACUAGUGAAAUACAAGUCCGAUCUGGCAAGGCCUUUUGACGAAGCAACAGUUUUCCUCAACAAUAUUGAAACACAACUUAGUAAUCUCUGUAAAGAUGAUGGAAUAGUGUCAUCAGAAGAAGAAUUUAGUGGAGGAGAAACAGAAAGCACAAGAGAAGAGCAGGAACUAAAGGAUAGGCUGUUAAGGAAAUUUGGCGGUCAUAUAAGUUCCCUUAAACAUGAAUUCUCCAAGAAGAAGAAAAAAGGGAAGUUGCCAAAUGCAGCAAGGCAAACUUUGCUUCAAUGGUGGGAUUCUCAUUACAAAUGGCCUUACCCUACGGAAGCUGAUAAAAUAUCAUUAGCGGAGUCAACAGGGCUAGAUCAAAAACAAAUUAAUAACUGGUUUAUAAAUCAAAGGAAGCGGCACUGGAAGCCAUCUGAAAACAUGCAGCUAGCAAUUAUGGGUGGGUUUUCUGGUCAAGAUUUCUAUGACGACUGAAAAUGUCAUGGUACCAUUGAUGCAUGUAUAUUAAACAAACUGUACUUACUCUUAUAAUAAUCAUAAUUUAAUGCUUACAAUUGGGGUUA